GGGAAUGGAGAGAGAGGGGAAACAGAGUGAUGUGUGUGCUGUGAAUUCAAAGCUGGGUGGGUCUACUGUGUUUCACAUUCCAAAAUAUCUCCCGGGCCGUGCGUCAAAGCGCUUUCAGGUAACGUUUAUACACAAUGUUCAAAUGAUCCGAACUUGUCAUUUUUGAUCGUGAGACGCUCUUACGCGUAAAUGUUGACUUUUCUUUUGUCUAAAGUUUAGAAAAAGUAAAGGGUUGAGCGGUUUUCUUAAGUGUACAGAUAUGACCGUAGGCGCAAAAAAGGCAAAAGGUUCUUCAAAAGACGCGCGGCUCUGUCUGAUCCAAGAGAAGAGUCGAAAUCUUGGAUGUUUGAGUAAUUUGAGUUUUUAAUUUAAAUGAGGUUUGUAAAGUCUUCGUCUGUGCAGGGGUAUUCUCGCGCUCUUUUCAAAGUUGUUGACUGUAGUACAGGGCCUGUGUGUGUGUGUAACGGAGCGGCACCCAUUUGGGAAUGCCCUAACACCGUCUAAACAAAUGCGCCUUUUUGUCGACGGAAACAGUGGAAGGCUGUAAAGUUUUCUCCUAAAACUGGCGGGUAUGAGUUUCAUGUCGCUCAAAAUGAUUGGUAAUUUAUUCCAGAUUUAUUGCAAAUAGCUUUUUUUCUCUUCUACUACUGAACAUUUAGAGCACAUGUAAACUGAGAAAAGUUGGAUGUAUCGAACAGCAUAAAUGUUAUUUUAAAAAUUAAAAAUAUGUGUCCUCGAGACCUGUGGGACAGGUUUGGACUUGUAUGUGACAGCUCAGCCAUCAGCCUGAAUCCUUUUUUUUUUCUGUUUGAGAAAGUAUUCAUUUGGACAACUCUGGUUUUGUGGGUGUGUGUGUGAGAGAGAGAGAGGGAGAGAGGGAGAGAGAGUGAGAAUAGAUGCUCCUCUUUGCACAUGCGUGUUACAGUCUGUGAGUAAGUCUGCUCAUGGAAAAUAAAUAAUGAUGUGCAUCCUUCCGCCUCUCCCCUGUUAUCAGUGUUAAGAAGGCCACAAUGUUAGUGCUGGCUGGAAUCGUUGUUUUGCACAUCACCACCAUCAUCCUGCUGCUGGUGGCAACCAUAGAUAAUGUGAGUUUUUUGUUUUAACUUUCUUAUCCAAUGAACAUUCAUUUGUGCUCACAGAAGGAAUAUUAUAGUCUAGCAACAAGAAAAACAACACCAGCAUUCACAUCAUUCAUUUUAAAACUAACUCAGAAUAUUAAAAAAGAACACACACUGACACUAUCUGUCAACACCUUUAAAACAACUUCAAAUACCACUGAUACUACUGAUAAAGAAAACAACCACUCACUUCCAUGUGAUGCAAUCAUUCGAUGAUCUUGUUAUCUGUGUUUCCUUUUCUUGUUUGUGUCAUCAGGCUUGGUGGAUCACUAACACAGUGUCCACUGACCUGUGGGGCAGGUGGGAGCUGACGGGCUCAGACUGGCAUUACACCAACCUGAAAAACUACCCAGAGGGUAAAUAAAUACAACACCUGUUUAAUAGAUGGGAAUACUGUCACUAUGAAGACUUAAUCUGUCUGAAAAUUUAGACAUACAAGAUACAUACAUGAUCUGAACUAGAUUAGCACCCUUAAAAAGAUAUGAUUCUAGUAUUGUAGUAUAUUAAAUAUUGUUUGUUUGAGUUGUUUGUCUUACCCGUCUCACUGGGGUGUUGUGUCUGUUCUUCCUCCUGCUGCUGCAGAGUAUCUCCAGGCGGUUCAGGCCACCUCGGUGCUGGCCUGUGUUUUUGCCAUCCUGGCCUUGUUUGUGUUUGUAGCCCAGCUGUUCACCCUGCCCAAAGGCCAGAGGUUCACCUUCACCGGCGUUUUACAGCUAAUCGCCUGUAAGUAACCUGCAGGCGAGCGUCCUGACCUCCAGCUGCAAGAAAUAUUGAUUUAUGUGCUCUCUACUAGGAGCAGACAUUUCUACCCUGCAUGAGACCUCAGGGAUUUUAGACUUACAUGUCCUUGCAUGAACUUGAUUAUUUUAUUGGAAACAUAUAAAAUUCAACAUUUAAUGAUAAAAUAUGUACUUUUCAUGUCAACACUGACUUCAGCCAGGUCAGCUAUUUCUACUAGAGUGCUAUUAAGGUUCAAGUUCAGUUCUGAUUCAGUACGACCAGACAGCUGGUUCGACUCGUUCAAGUGAAGAAACUCGGGCCUCAGUGACACAUGACUGAUAAUCAGUGGUGUGUUACUGACAGGUUUAUUCAGCCUUCUGAAACUUUUUGUUUAGUCUAAAAUGUCAACCUCGAUAGUCAUCUUUCUUUGUGGAUCAGAAGAGGUACAAAACAAUUGUUCCACCGCGGCUUUAACAAAACUAUUCCUUUGAAUGUGAGCGGUGCUGACAAGUUGUACAACAGGGGCAGAGAUGUGUCAUAUUACAUGAUGUUUUAUCAAUUCAAAAUUGUUAAAAUGUCAAAGCUAAAGCUCGAGGUUGACUGUUUUCAACAGCUGAAUAAAAAACCAACAAUUCAAUAAGUCUUUUAAUAACAUUUCAAGAGAAGUUAGAAAUUUUUAGUCUAGUUUUUUAAAUUUAAGAAGUAUCUUUAUUUGUUAUGAUACUGAACUGAAUAGUUUUAGACAUUUGAGGACGUUUUAUUAAACCUUUUGAAACCAUGAUUGACAUUUUAUCUGUCAUUCAUCUUAUCUAUGAUCGGGGACAAUAACAAUAGACUGAGUGACGAUAAAGACUGAUUGUUUCAAGUGUUCAAAGAGCAGCAGUAAAUGUUAUCUUGCAGAGGACAGGAUGAGAACCAUCGAUGGCAUUUUUGGUUAAACUGAUUCCAACUAUCAAUAAAUCUGAAGUUAUUUUCAGUUGAUCAACUAUCAAUAACUUUCAGUUUUAGAAAUGAUUAUUGAUCAGCUUUAGUAUGAUGUUCUAAUUAUUAAAAAUGCAAAUAAAAAAUUGAUUUUAGCUCCAUCAGCCAUGUAGAAUCACUGUGUCAUACUGGUCGCUUUCAGUUUAGCUUUGGCAGUACUUCUGUCUAUCAAGAGUACAAGCAACAGGAUAUCGACUCUAAAUUUUACGUUAUCAUAUUAUGUACCUGGUAGAACUGGGAUUUUUCAGUGUUCAUUUGCAUGCUCUCAAAAUAGAGAAAAACAACUUCUUUUCUGCCACUUAAUCCCUCUCUCCCCUACAGGCUUGUGUAUAAUGAUAGCAGCCUCCAUCUACACAGCAGAGCUUCAUGCCAACGACACAGAGGGAGGGUAUGGACACUCCUACGUCCUGGCCUGGAUCUCUUUUGUCCUCACCUUCCUUCUAGCGAUCAUCUACCUCGUCCUGCGGAAGAAGAGUGAGUGAGAGAAGAGGAAAAUGGGUAGGGCUGGGAUCAUAUUCCCACUCUGAAGCGGGGGGUGGGGCGGGGUUACACAUUAGGAUUUUUGUUACAAAAUUUGGUUAACAGAAGAUUGUUGAUCUACAUUUGCAGCUAAGAAAGUGGGUUGGGUUGACGUUUAAUUGCUAACAGGAGCCAUUUGUGCGUGUGUUUUUUUUUGAUACCAUAAAUUGAGUCCAGGAUUCCAUCACAUGAAAUGCUUGACAGUUUCCCCUCAUCAUUUCUUUAAAGUACUGGGCAGGAUGCCACCUCUAAUAGCAUCUUAAACAUAGAAAUGAUUGAUUAAUUCAAUUAUUUUAAUCGUUUUCACACAGUGCUGCCGAUAGAUGACACAGUUUUGAGAAAUCUAACUGCUGACCUUGUUGUAAAGAAUAGGAUUAGAGGAUUUAUUCCUCUGUGGGUUUGAGGUUGUUAGAAGCAGACAGUUAGCUUAGCAUAAAAACAGGAAGAGGGGGAAACAACCAGCCCUGCAAAGUCAAAACUUUAAAAAUAAUAUCUGUACACCUAUAAGUCAUUUAAGUAUUUUAUUUAGCAGGUUACUUUUCCUCAAAAUGACAAAAAAGUGAAUUUUCAGGGAAAUUUGCUUCAUAUUUCUUUGCAAAUGGGCUGUUGAAGUCAAAUUAGCUACUUUUUCAUACUGCAAGCCAAAAUGUUUCCCGUCUUUGCGUAAAAGCUUUAGUGAACUAAUCCGCAGGUUGAAGGUGCAAAUGCUCACUGUAUGUGUAAAUGUGUGUUUUCUAAAAAAAAAAAAAUAUCCUUACAAUCUUGGGAAGAAAAAAAGACAAAACCAAACUUUGUCGAGGCUGCCUCUAAAGAUUUGAACAGAGAUGACCAUAGAAGAAAGGGCCAGUUUGAGAGAUUAUUUUCAGCACAUGUGCUCCAAGAUUUAAGUAUCAGGAUCCUGUUUUUUUUUUAAAUCAUGUUUUCGGCUGACAGUUACUACUGCAGGUGUCCGUAGUUGAAGAUUUGAGAAAACGCUGUAGCUUAAAAAGGUACAGCGUCUCUGUUGUAGUACUUGAACAAUCAGAAAAGACAAGUCUUUAUUUUCAGUACAGGUAGUUUUAAUCAGUUAUCAUAUUUUACAACUGAAGACUAGUGUAUCCUUUGUUAUUCUAUGUAUAUUUUAACCAUUAUAUUUUUGUAACAUUUUGUAUUGAGUGUUUUUUUCAACCAUGUUUGAUUUUAUGUCUGUAGUUGGCUGCUAUCACAAGAAAAGUACAUGCUGUUUGUACAAGUCAAUCUAAAGUGAACCAGGGAUGGAGGACUAUGGUGUUUCAUGUCACUAUAUUUUACAACUAUGCAAUAGAAGGUUAUGUUUGUUUGUUAGUUACAUUGGAAUUUAAGCCAUAUCAUUUAUAAAUAAAACAAAUGUAUCAA